UUUCACACCUUUCUUCUUUUCUCUCUUUGGAAAACUUUGAUAAUGUCUCCAUUCCUCUUGUUUGCUUUGGUGUUUUGCAGCCAACUCAUGGCUGCAUUCAAUACACCAUUGCCACCUGCAACCUAUGGAGAUCAUGUUUCCAUUCUAAGCAUAGAUGGUGGUGGCAUCAAAGGAAUUAUUCCUGCCACUGUUCUUAUUUACUUGGACAAUGCUCUUAAGGCUAAGGAUCCAAGAACAUCGUUGGCAGAUUAUUUCGAUGUGAUAUCAGGAACAAGCACUGGUGGACUCAUGACUCUUAUGCUGGCAGCUCCAAACUCAUCUCACUCCCAUCAACCUCUCUAUACUCCAUCGGAGGUUGUACAAUUCUACAAGAAAAAUGGUCCUGAAAUAUUUCCUAGUCACUUCUUAAGUUGUCCGAAGUACGAUGGAGAGUUCUUAAAAGGAAAAACUGUUGAGUUAUUGAGAGAAACACGACUGAAUGAGACAUUGACGAACGUGGUAAUACCAACCUUUGACGAGAAGAAAAUCCAACCAGUUAUAUUCUCAAACUACAAGCUGAAGACAGAAAGCUACUUGAAUGCGAAACUGUCAGAUAUAGGUCUUGGCACUUCGGCUGCACCAACUUAUCUUCCACCCCACCCAUUUCAGAAUGAUGGUGUUCAAUUUGAUUUGAUUGAUGGUGGUCUGGCCGCUAACAAUCCAGCCAUGGCUGCUGUGAGUGAAGUGAUACAAGAACACAACGGGGAAAACGAAAUUUUGUUGCUGUCAUUAGGAACUGGAAUACCAAAACCUAAGGACAAGUUAGGAAACAUCUUUGAUGAUGCGUGCCAAGUUUUCUGGCUAAGCUCACACACACAAGUUUUUUAUGAAGCUAUGUUCAGUACAGGCAUUACUCAUUACUACCUUGCCACAAUCUUCCCUGCCCUCUUACCUGCAGAUAACUAUCUUCGAAUUCAGGAGUAUAACCUCCCUCCAUCCAUGAAUGAAAUGGAUGAUGCUUCUAAAAAGAACAUGGAUAACCUUGAAAAGGUGGGAAAGGGUCUCUUGACCCAAAAAGUCAAGAGGAUGAAUGUGAAUACAUUUGAACCCUUUGAACUAGACCACACAAAUGCUCAAGCUCUUGACAGGUUGGCUGAGAAAUUAUAUGCAGAGAGGCAGUUGCGUCUGAAAAGGAAAUCUAUGGAGAAAGGAGGAAGACCUUUCAUUAAAACUGUUUAAGUUCCUUCUGGUGGAAUAAGAGCAACUUAUAAGCAUUAUAUUAUAAAUAAAUGUCAUGUGGACGAGACAUUAUAUGUACUAUGCUGUGUUUAUCGAUAUUUUUGUAAUGUACGUGUGUUUGAUGUUGGAAUAAGGUUGAAUGCUUUGGGGUUCCAUAUGUGACUCCCAAUUGCAGAACCAUGUAUGAUGCAAGGAUCAAUGCUUUUGAGUUACAUGUAACUUAAUUACUAUGCAAUAUAUUAUAGAAAGUGAUCCCUUGUUUUUAUGUUUUAA